AUGUUACUUCUAUUUCUAUUAAUUGGUUUAGUUGUUGCUAAUUUAGCUAAAUUUGAUGAGAAUAGAUAUUCACAAGUUUGUGCUGGUGUAUAUUCAAAAUAUGAUUGGGGUGGUUCAAUUAAACCUCAUAUUGGUAUUACAUUAAAUAAGUAUGAUGAUUUAAAAUAUAAUGAAAAGGAUAAAGAUAAUAAAGAACAAGGUCAUGAUAAAGGAAUUAUUAUAAGUUAUGUUAUAUUUGAAUAUAAAGACUUAGACAAUAUUGGAUAUGAUUUAGGUAAUGGUCAGAAGAAAUAUAUCUGUGAUGAUUCUGCUAUUGAAAUAAAUGCAUGUACGGAAGGUCAAAAAAACAAUUUUAUACUAAAUUCAAAUACUACAAAUUCAACAGUUUAUACUUCACAUUUAUCGCAUUUAGGUCCAGCAGCUAUAAAUUAUCAUAUUAAUAGAACUGGUUAUUAUUGUAUCUCAACAUUUACAAGAUUAGAACUGACUAAAUAUCAAGGUUCGAUAAAUUUUCAAAAUGCUUUUGGUCAAUUGAGUGCUAGUGAAAUUCCAAAAUUACCAGGUUAUGGUAUAUUAACCAUCUGUUAUGCAAUUGCAUUAGCUUUAUUUGGUUUUCAAUUUUUUAAGAAAAGAAAAGAAAAUCAAAUAUUACCUUUACAAAAAUAUUUGUUAGCCAUGCUUGGUUUUUUAACAUUUGAUACUUUGGUAGUUUGGUCUUAUUAUGAUUUAAUAAAUAGAAUUAAAUCUCCAAGUAAUGGAUUUGCAAGAUUUUAUAUGGUAUUUUUAGCAAUUUUUAAUGCUAUAAAAAUUACAUUUUCAUUUUUUUUAUUAUUAUGUAUUUCAUUAGGUUAUGGAGUUGUUGUAUUAAAAUUGAAAAAGAAAACAAUGACAUUAUGUAAGAUUCUUGCUGGGUUUAAUUUUGCUGCUUCAUUAGUUUAUUUAAUUUUUAAUUAUUAUGAUGGUUCGUCAAUGGCUUUGGUGCUGACUGAAAAUAUAGACGAUUCAGAUGCUGGUGGAUUCCUUGGUUUAAUUCCAAUGAUUCCAAUUUCUAUAACUUUAACAAUUUAUUAUAUUACAAUUUUAUCAUCCAUUAGAAAAACAACCCAAUCAUUACAUCAACAAAGACAAAUUAUAAAACUACAAUUAUAUCAAAAUUUAUUUAAAAUUAUAUUUUUUGCAGUUAUUUUAACAUUUUUAGGUUUGACUUUAAGUUCAUUUAUUUAUCUUUCAAUGUCAACUACUGAAAUGUUUGAACAACAUUGGAAAAGUUCAUUUUUUAUUUUUGAUUUUUGGCCAAGUUGUGUAUUUUUUUUUGUAUUUUUAGCUAUUGCAUGGUUAUGGAGACCUACUGAAACAAGUUAUAUGUUGGCAAUUUCACGACAAUUAUCAACUGGUGAAGGAGUAAAUGAUGACGAAGGCGAAAACCAACAAAAUGGUCAUGAAUUUGAAUUAGAUGAUUUAUCAUUAAUGAGUCAUGAUGAUGAAGAAAAUACAGAAACAAGAGUAGAUAGAGAUUCAUUUGAAAUUGGUGAAUCAAGUACAAAUAAAAGAGAUACUGAACAACCACCAGAUUAUGAUGAUUUAAGUAUUAAACAACCAGUUGAGUCAAAUAGUACUAAUAACAAUACUUUAUUUGAAUUAGGUGAAGAUGAUAGUGAUCAUGAAAAUGAAAAUGAAAAUGAUGAUCGAUUAAAAGUUGAUAAAAAAGAUUGA